UAGUACUGGAUAUCGUAAGCAAUCGCCUGCAGCCAGCAUCAAAACACAAGAUGGUCGAUAGCAGCGAUCAGAGCGCUACUGCUUACGAAACGGCUCCGCCCGUAAGUGCCACAAAUCCCUUUCGCAUAACGACCAAUGCACCACAUUUGAUGAACGACGCAAAUAUCACGCCAGGACGUCGAAUGUUGCAAAAACUAUUGGGCCGUGUGCUGCGCAUUGUGAUUACCGAUGGACGUGUGCUCGUUGGCUACUUCAAUUGCACCGACAGAGAUUGUAAUAUUGUGCUUUCCAUGUGUGCCGAAUAUCUGGUGGAGGGUCAGGACCCGCGCAUUUUGGGUAAUGUAAUGGUGCCAGGCAAGCAUAUCGUGUCGCUGUCGGUAGACAUGCCAUCGGAGGAACUAAAGCUGGAGACGUUGGUGCAAUAAGACCGCAGUUUCGGUUGAUUUGAUAUAAAUUUAAUAAAUGUAAACAAAACAUUUUGUUCUCCA